AUGGCCGGAAAGAAAUCCAUCAAGCCAAAGGCAGCGACAAGGACCUCCUUCAAGUAUCCAUUUUUCCAUAAAGACGUAUCAAAAGCUGUGUCGAAUGAUCUUCCCUCGACGUGGUUCAACAAAAAUGGCAGCAAGAAAAGCUCCAACAACGAGUACUCAACCAACGUGAUGGGCAAAUUCAAAUGCGAUAACCCGAGCUGUUCCAACACCACAUGGACAAGCAAAAAGGUAGCGAUCGUGAUCAGGGGAUAUCCAAGAAAUGGUUAUGACGCUGUUGUGUUCAACCAGCGUUGCAUGUCCUGCAAGCAACUCGGCAGCUUUACUCUCGAUAAGCAAUCUUACGUUGAACGAAUCGCAUACCGGCUUAAGAGAUGGGCAGGUGUGAAGACGGAGCAGCCGUUCUACGCUGAAAAAGAUGGUCCCCCACAUCAGGUCGAUCUCUGCGAGGGUUGCAAACGAGGUUUCUGUCAGAAGCGAAAUGAUUUUGGGUUCUAA